UCACCGACUCGUUUCGGGGAAACUGAGGACCAGACACCGGUGAAGUGCCGGCUAAGCUGGACCCAUCAUGCGGUGUAAAAUACACCAUCCUCUCCUCACUCUCUCCUCUUUGGGGUGAAUUUAAUUGAUCCGGGCAAACCGCGCUGCCGCCUCUGAGGUGCUUUCCCUCUCAAUUCAUGCGGCUCAGCGAUCCGGGCUGGAUCUCUUCUUUUGUGCCCAGGUGCGUUUAUGUAUUUUUGAAAAUUCCCCCAGAACACUCAUAGGCCUAUUCCCGGGAUUUACCAGCGGGGAAUCCAAAUAUAACCGAAGCAAUUAUCCCUGCAUUGUUGUGAAGGCAGUUCGGGGGAGGGAAUGGAUGCGAGAGAGCGAGCAGAGGCGCACCGAGGCGGCAGCUACCGGAGAGACCCAGCUCCUGUGUGAUGCAGCUGUUUACCACAAGCCAGGACACCUCGACGGCUGCCUCUAGAGCACACCGACGAAACGGGCGACAAAUCGGCGGCGAUCUGGCACCGUGCACGUGUUGGGAUUGCAUAUGAAGAGCUGGAGCCGCACGGGGACUCCGUUUUCGGUUUUAUUGCUCGGAAGCCAAACACCAACUCGGUGAUAUUACAGAAGUGUGCAGGAGAGGACAGCGCUGGCAUCCAUCCAUGCGCGCUCCACCGGGCUCUUUAUUAUGGAACUGUGACCCCAACCGAGGCAGCAUACAACGCAUGUUCCCCCCAUCUGCACUUUUUCCAGGUGUUUUUCAGUGAGGGACCGUGCAGUCGGAGGAUAUUUCGGUUGGAAAUGCUCUGAAUGUGGGGCUAUUUUGCCGGCUCUCGGUGACGCAACAUCUCGCACGAGACUGCAUGAGAAAUACAUGCGUAGAAGGGCGUGAACUUGGAGACACUAACCUCCUCCUCAUUAAUAAAGCAUCUGCUUAUCUUUAAAGCCACUUUGCGCCUUUUUUUUUUUUUUGAAAAGCCAACCUCACAGCCUCCGCUCAUCUUAACUCAUCCCGGGCACACGAUGGAUCUGAAAGCGGACUCGGAGGACAUGGACUACAAGCGACCGGCUCCCAUUGAAGUUUUCGCCACCAGGUCCACGCUGCACGGCAUCUCGCACAUGUUCACUUAUGAGCGGAUGUACAUCAAGCGCACCUUGUGGAUUUUGUUCUUCAUGGCCUCGGUGGGCGUGCUGGUGAUGGUGUGCGUGGACCGGGUGCAGUUCUACUUCGAGUACCCCCACGUCACCAAGCUGGACGAGGUGGCGGCUCCGAUGAUCGUGUUCCCCGCGGUCACCUUCUGCAACCUCAACUCCUUCCGCUUCAGCCGGGUGACGCGCAACGACCUGUACCACGCCGGGGAGCUGCUCGCCUUGCUCAACGGCAGGUAUGAAAUCCGGGACCCGCACCUGGUGGAGGAAAAUGUCCUGCAGGUCCUGAAGGAGAGAGCGGACUUUGACAACUACAAGCCUCGCCCUUUCAACAUGCGUGAAUUCUAUGACCGAACGGGCCACGACAUCAAGAACAUGCUGCUGUCCUGCUCCUACAGAGGCAUGGAGUGCGGCGCUGAAAACUUCAAAGUGAUCUUCACACGCUACGGAAAAUGCUACACGUUCAAUUCGGGUCAAGAUGGACGACCCCUGCUGGUGACGAUGAAGGGCGGGACGGGUAACGGCCUGGAGCUGAUGCUGGAUAUCCAACAGGAUGAAUACUUGCCUGUGUGGGGAGAAACCGACGAGACAUCGUUUGAAGCGGGGAUCAAAGUUCAGAUCCACACCCAGGACGAGCCGCCGUUCAUAGACCAGCUGGGCUUCGGAGUGGCGCCGGGCUUCCAGACCUUUGUCUCCUGUCAGGAACAGCGGCUGACGUACCUGCCUCCACCGUGGGGGGACUGCAAAGCCACACCGAUGGACUCGGACUUCUUCAACACUUACAGCAUCACGGCCUGCCGGAUCGACUGUGAGACGCGAUACCUGGUGGAGAACUGCAACUGCAGGAUGGUCCACAUGCCCGGAGAUGCCCCAUACUGCACCCCGGAGCAGUACAAGGAGUGUGCAGAUCCUGCCCUGGACUUCCUUGUGGAGAGAGACAAUGACUACUGCGUGUGCGAGACGCCAUGCAACCUGACACGCUAUGGUAAAGAGCUGUCCUUUGUCAAGAUACCCAGCAAAGCAUCAGCAAAGUACCUCGCCAAGAAAUUCAACAAGACAGAGCAGUACAUAGCUGAUAACAUUCUGGUUCUGGAUAUCUACUUUGAAGCGCUGAACUACGAAACCAUCGAACAAAAGAAAGCGUACGAAUUGGCAGGCCUUCUGGGUGAUAUCGGAGGUCAGAUGGGUCUCUUCAUUGGAGCCAGCAUCCUCACCGUUCUUGAACUCUUUGACUAUCUAUACGAGGUGAUCAAAUACAAGAUGUGCCGAUGCAUGAAGAAGAAACACAAAGGCCGCAACAACAAUGACCGGGGAGCUGUGCUGAGCCUGGAUGAUGUGAAACGCCAUGCUCCUUGCGAGAACCUGCGUACGCCAUCGACAUAUCCUGGCAACAUGCUACCUCAUCAUCCGGGCCAGGGUAACUUUGAAGACUUCACUUGCUGAACAGACCCGGGUGAAGCAUCAAAGUGCGUGUUAUGCAACCAAAGCCAACCAUACAACUAGAACUAUCCACCGCAGGGAGGGUGAGGAACUGAUAAUGAAUCUAACAGAGGCACUUUUUACGUUUGAAAAACUGAGGACAACAGACAAAUCGAACACGACAAAGAAUUUUCACCCAAGGCCAAGUGAAGAGGAAAUCCUAAAUGUGUAUAAAGAAAAAAAAAAUCUGUCAAUUUUCCAGAGAACAUUUCAUGCAGCACUCCAAACUUUCUGUGUUUCCCUCUGGAAUACUGCCGCAAAGGAUGCUCAUGGAGAAACCUUGCCAACACGGACCUCUCUUUCAAAAGACAAACAGAAGAAAAAAAAUGCAAAGACAAACAAGGGGGGAAAUGUACAGUUAUCUCACCAUAGACAGCAGAUCAGAAAAAGAGCCCUCAUGCCUUUAUAUAUCACAGCAACACAUGAUGGUUUCAACACCGGCCUGCUAGCGUGGCAAAUGUUCAUACCGCUUGCUCCACUGUACAUGUAGCAACAUCUGUAACGGUUGCAGUGCUUCAUAAAUCAACAGCUGGACUCUGUGUAGUUUGUACGAGAAUGUAUCUUUGUUCACAGUGACUGUAGUCGAGUGUGCAGGGAGAUAUUCAGAGGGGUCCUGGCCGGUGGUAGAGACGCGUCAUCUACCUUUUGAUCAUGUGCUGGUGAAGAUUUCAGGUGACAUCAUGUAAAUGCAUGCGUGUAUUUGUCCAGUGCAUGUUUCCUCAUGUCAUUUCUGAUUUUGACUGGUCAUAUCAUAUUUUGCGAGUUGUUUUCUAAUUACCAAGUUUGCCUCAGUACAACACAGGAAAGGAAAAAAAACGGCGAAAUGAUACAUCCCAUAUAUUCCUGUGUGCGUGUGGACAGAGAUUGUUGCGCGUGUGACGAGCCCUCACAUGUGUCCUCGGGUGUGAAUAGCGCCUGAGCAGGUACGCCGAGAGUGUUUGUUGAUUGUGCAAAUGGAUGAGCUGCGCCUAAUUCAAUUUCUUAUCCCAUUUUUUCUUCAUUUUUUAAUUCUCACGUGUGCCCAACAAGUCGAAGAGUCUUCAUUCAGCUUCAUUUACUCUUAUCUCAGCUGCGGAAUGAGGUGAGGUGAUGACUUUUUCUUUUUCUUUUUUUCUAGGAGAGUUGAUUGCUGGAAUCCUUGGAGUUUUGUGGGGCUGUGAAUUUUUUCUGUAUCUGUGUUCUAGUUGCAAAAGUCUUAUCAAAGCACAAUACCGCCAGUAUGUAGAGGUGAUGUAAAAGAAAAAGUAUUAUUCUUCUUGAUAUAUUGUCAUUAUAUUAAUAUCGUGUUGAUCCGACUGUUUUUCAGUUGUUUUUUUCUUUCAUAUGAAAACAUACUCAGUAUUGCCUGAUAAUCCUGUCUCCAUCUUCCAGGUAAUAGGCUGGUCUAUUUAGUUAUCAAAGCGUAAAUAAAAUGUAAAUAUCAUUUUGGAAAAUUGUCUGUCUUCUGAGGUUUUAUUCUCAUCCGUGGGGUUUCUUUCUGAAAGCCUUGAGUUGUCCAUGUGGUUGAGCGGGCAAACAAAAGCAAAGCAAUGUAUUUUUCAACACCAGAUACUGUGCAGAUGUUCAUUUUUAAUCAGGAGGCGCUCUCAAAAAAUCAGAUUUAGCAUUCCACACUUCAUCCAAGUCAUUCUGUUAUCUCUGUUUUUCUCCACUCAACAUGUUAUCUUGUGUUUUGCUUCAUAUAACGUUUUUUUAUUUGUGCUUAAUUAAAUCAGCAUUAAGGGAAGGGUUUGGGGGCAGGCGUGUGGUAUUAAACUAGAUAUUGCUUAUCUACGUCAGCCACUCAUUUGUGCUGCGGUUUAACAGCUGCAAGCCACAACAUUGGUAUUUUGGCGCGCCCCACUCCCCGAAAUGUAAUUACAGUUUCAGCUGCCGUAUGACAAAAGGAUGGAUGAGAAAUAUCCUGCACAGCCAAUACAAGUUUUAUCGAAAUUGCCAGUCAGCCGGCAGCCGCACAUUCUGGGCGACUUCUCUCGUAUUCUACUGUACAUCUGGUGCUGCCAACUGCUACACUUAGAAAAGCGGCCGGUGAUGCAUGACUCUGUGAAUAUUAGAUCCCGGUUAUACGACCUAAAACAUGGUCUGCCUCCAAAAUCAUGUUUGUCUUUUGGUCUGCUGCACAUCAGUCCACCUCCAGCAGACAUGGAGGGUUAUUCUAGGACGAAGAGUUUGCUUUUGCCUUAUCAUUUUUUCAUGAUUUCUUUUAAUAGGAAGUCACUCAUCAACGUUGUUCAUCAAAUGUGAGCGCGCUUCAAUUUUUUAUUAUUCAGAGGAGAAACCUCAGCUGGUAACCAAGUAUUAAUAUAAAAGUGUUAAAGCCUCUGGGAAUCAGCUACGACAUCUGAUGACAUUUUUUCCCCCUGUUUUGAAUGUCUGAAACGUGAUUUUGCCCCCUGAUGGUUUUAUUAUUCUCUGUUGUACCUGCCAAGAAGACAAAUUAAUCAAGAAAUAAAAAGCGAUGCUGUUCA